AUGCGUCCCCCACAUCGGGAUGAACAUGAUCAGUUAUUUGAGAACUUGUACAAAGUUGUGCGAGUCGGUAAUUUGGAAGAGACAAAACGCAUUCUCGAGUCUCUACCUGAGACAAUUUUGAAUAACAGAUUCACAGAUAAAAACCAAACGGCUCUUCACAUUGCUGUUUUAUAUGGACAUGAGCAUAUAGUGGAGGAGUUGGUGAAUAAAAUUUCCAAUGAGGGCUUGGCAAUGCAUGAUUGUGACGGUUUCACAGCUCUAAUCUCGGCUGCCGUGCUUGGGAAAUGUCGAAUGGCUGAGUGCAUGCUUCAAAAGUACCCUGACUUGAUCAGUAUUAGAGAUUCCAAACGUAAUAGGCUUCCGGUUGCUUGGGCUAUUGAAUUCCGGCAAAGAGAAAUGGCGCGCCGUUUGUAUAAUCUUACUCGUGAAGAAGAUAUGAUUCCACAGGAUAAUGAUCAGGAGAUUCAAUACACCAAUACUGCUACGCUUAUUAACAAUGCUAUCUACAUCGGAGCUUUGGGUAUGCGCACUCCGUCAUCGGCUCCAGCUCCGAUCAGUGAGACUCGUUUGAACGUUUCAAACAGAGAGCAACGCCAAAGCAAUAUUCACGAAGAUCAAAAUAACAGAUCAGUACUGUCAGCAACGUUUCGCUAUAUAGUUUCAGGAGUCCUUAACUUAUGUGGAAUCACGCAGUUGAUGGAAAUGAAGAAGAUCCAUGUUCAGUACAACGAACUAAUUUCUCAAAUGUGUAGUGUGAUAUCAGAAUCCAAUACUCAACAACGUAAGAAGGGCCAAGUUAAUGGUGCCAUUCUCAAGGCCGCAGAGAAUGGGAAUUUUGUAUUAGUUUCUAAGAUGCUUGAAGCGGAUCCACAACUUCUUUGGAUCCGAGACGACAUCAAAGGGAACAAUAUAUUUAUGCUGAGUGUCUUGCAUCGUCAUGAGAAAAUCUUUAGCAUUCUAUACGGGCUAGAUACGAUGAAGACCUAUUUUACAUGUUUACAAGAUGUCGAUAGAAAUAGCAUAUUACAUAUGGCAGGGAUGAUAGAUCAAGAAUCCACUAGGGUUAAUCAAAUCCAAGGGACAGCUUUUCAAAUGCAAAGAGAGUUACAGUGGUUCAAGGAGGUAGAGAGAAUUGUCUAUCCCCAAUUUAAGGAAACUACCAACAAAUUAGAUCGUUUAACUGCUCGACAAUUGUUUACAAAGAAUCAUAUAGACAUGAAGAAAAAGGGAGAGAAAUGGAUGAAGGGCACAGCAUUGUCAUGUACAGUGGUGGGUGCUCUGAUUAUUACCUCCAUGUUCGCUGUAGCUUUUAGGCAGCCUCAAGAUGGUAACAACGACCCAAGAUUGCUUAUGCUCUUUAUAAUAUCCGAUGCAUUGUCACUUUUUUCUUCCUCAACUUCGGUCUUGAUGUUUUUGGGAAUACUCACAUCACGUUAUGCAGAAGAAGAUUUUCUUGAUACAAAUAAUACACCUGGUAUACCUGCACAUUUGGAAGCAUCUGUCCUCAACCUUCGAAAUGCAUCACAAUGGAAAUUGUGCUUUGAGGUUAGUGCUUUGUUGGAGAUGAUCGAGUUCAUCCCAAAUUUGUUUGAUUUGAUUAUAGUAAUCAUGAACGGAAUUUGUGGUUUGGUGUUGGGAAGAGAGGGUCCGUUUGAGUUGGUAAAUUCUGGCAUUAUUGCCAUGACAAAAUCGAGAGGAAAGAUCAACCCAAACAUCACGUGGGUUGGUAUGAUAUUCAAGAGAAUUGGUAGGAGAGGGGCUAAUAGAAUUGAGGAUCCAGGUAAGAACUAUAUCCUUCGUUUGGUUCCAUUGGGUGUAUUCGGGUGUGUUAGGUUCAGGAGGUUUGAGAGUGUCAUCAACAAAACUAAGUUUGUUUUUGGCAUUGAGGGCUCAGGUCAUGGCUUUUUGCCAUUUGGGAUAGUUGUCGCCAGUUAG